GAAGAAAUUGAAAAAAAGAAAAAGAGUGACCAACUUCUCGGGUAAUUCAGAAAACAAAAAAAAAAAAGAUCUUUGCACGAGAGUGCGUUUCGCUCGCCUUCGUUUUAACACCACACGCAAAACAAAAAAAAAAGCCGUUUAUUUAUUUCUACUUAGUGAGCUUAUUUUUUUUUUCUUUUGUGUUACAUUAAAAAAACAAAAACAAACAAAACCAAAGAAGAAAGCACAGAUCAUAGGAAGCUGAUAAACGUGAUUUUAAUCUCUUUCCCUCCCCCCACUAUUAUAUUUCCUGCUCUAUAUAAUACGAGGAGGAGAACCAUCUAGAAAUCUUGCAACCAUCUGAAAGAAUAAGAGAGAGAGAGAGAGAAAGAGGACGAAAUCGAUAAUAAUAAAAAAAAAACAUUUAAAGAACAAAUACAAAGAAAAAGUAAAUAAAUAAUAAUAAAUUAAAGAAAAAAAAAAUGGAUUCGCCCGUCAUCGUGGAUACAGCAUCCAAAUUCGGACAAGGGAUCCCUGGCUUCCCUUUUGACGACGACGACGAUUUUGGUAGACGUACCGAUAUACGAGCACAUUUGGAUGACCUAGCAGCUCGACAUCCAGAGUUUGCGGAUCAUCUUUUAGGACCGCCUUGGGGUGAUAUUCCGUUCCGAGGAUCUACGUAUAAUAAUCAACGUCGUGGUUCAGGGAACGGUGGUAGCAGUAGUUAUCCAAAUUAUCCAGACGAGGACGCUAGAAGCCAAGCUAGUGGGAGUAGUGCUACUAGCGCUGCGAGUGGUGCAAGUGGCGUGAGUUCGCACGGUGAUCCAGAGUCUUCCUCGUCAUCGUCAUCUAAUCGUUCGAAAAAUCCGCAAUACAAACAAUCGCAUAGGGAAGAUAGAAGAAAUCCUAUUCCGCAAUACGGUUUACGUAAUACCGUAGACAUAGGACAACAUCAUCGUGACAAUAUGGAGAAUUCCGAGAAGGAUUCUCGUGGACAACGUUCGAUGUCAGCGCCACCAGAAAAUAGACAACAAACAAAUCUGCAGCAAGAGCAAGAUAAAUCUCAGCAGCAACCAACAACAGGACAACGUUACGUUUCUAGAGUUGAUAUAACACCGCAGCAUAAUCAGCCGCAAUCUUCUCCUUCUCAGCAACAAUCUUCCCCGGCACCUCCACCACCCCCAACUCAACCAUCACAAGGCAAUGUUAGGCAUAUACCAAUAUUUGUAGAGGGUCGUGACGAGCCAGUUAUUUCAAAGAACAUAGAUGCACCUUUCCAAAGACAACAAUCACCACCGCAAUUUCACAAUUCACCACAUUUCAAUAAACCAUCGUCUUUCUCAAAUCUAGGUUUCGGACCUAGACAAUGGCGACCACAUUUCCAAGAAUCAUUUUAUAAUCCAAAUUCGUCUUUUGAUCAUUCACCGACUCGUCGUACUCAAUCGCCGAGUUAUCAACAACCUAAACAUUAUGCUGAGAGACAACAACAACCGUCAAGAAAUCAUCAAUAUGAGUCUCAACCUCAAGAAUAUCAUCAGCCUCGACAGAGAGCGCGUCAGCAACAGGAACCAAAGCCACAUCCUCAGCAACAGACAGCACCCGGUCCACAAGCUCAACAACAAGAAGCACCUAAACAUGUACCAAAGCAAACACUACCUAAAGAUCCACUUGAGAGAGUAGCUUCGGUACAAAAGGAAGUUGAUUCUCUAGCUGAACAAGUUAAACAGUAUACCGGAAAUUCUCGCAAGGACAAACAAUACAUGUUCCUGGACGAGAUGCUGACAAGAGAAUUGAUUAAAUUGGAUGAUAUAGAAACAGAAGGACGAGAAAAUGUACGUCAGGCACGUAAAAAUGCAAUUAGAACUAUACAAGAGACGAUAAGUCUAUUGGAAUCCAAAGCACCUUUACCUGGACAAGAACAAUCCCAGGAAGAUUCACAAUCUAUGCAAGUGGAACUAUAUCAAGAACAAGAUAAAGAAAAUCAACCAUCAAAUGAACCAAUGGAUGUUGAUCAAAACAAUGAACAGAAUAUGCAAUCAAACGAAGCAAUCCCAUUGCCUCCUGGACCUUCCUCACCAAAAACUACUACUGAAAGUAAUGAAGGAACAGUUGCGGUUGCUCAAAUAGAACCACAAAAUGUAUCAACUGAAAAUCAGCAAACGGAACAAAAACAAGAAGUUCCACCUGCUGCAAAUCAAGCAGAACAACAAGAACAACAACAACAACUACAACAAGAGGCUGCAGUAGUCGCUGAUAAACCAUCGAACGAAAACACGAAUAACAUCACCGAAGUAACGAUGCAAAUCGAUUCCUCGGCGCCAAUGGAAGUGCAAGAGAAAGUAGAAAAUGUCGUAGAAGAGGAAAAGAAAGAUGAAAAUCAAAAUGUAUCAAAGGAAAUCAAAAUGGUGGGAGAGAGCGUCGAGCAAAAGUCUACGGAAGAACAGAAACAAAUUUCGGACAGUCAAGAAAAGACUAAGUCAACGACUAAGUUACCUUUGUCACCGAAAACUGCAAAAAAAGCAAAGAAACUAGCUGCACCGAUCUCAGAAAAAGCGAUACCUUUACCACCACCUGAAAGUACGGAAGCUAAUGCAAAGUAAACAGAAAAAAAAGAAAAAUGAUUUAUUUGUAAAUCAUAUUUCGUUCGUUGACCAUUGAAUGGCGGGUCCCAUGAUUAUUUGCUUGAACAAACGCAUACACGUUUCUAAAUAUAAGAAACGAAACAUCUUUGCGACUCUUCGCCAUCUUGGUUUUUCUUAUCUUCUUUUCUGUUUUUUUUUUUUUUAAUAGCAUGAAUUUGAUUUAGGGAACGGAACUGAUCGUCGUUGAAUCUGCUGGUUACGACAGAUAUACGAAUAUCGUGUUUUACACGUUAAUAUUAUUUUCUUCUCGUUUAUUUUUACUAUCAUUGUCCUUCGAUAAACAAAUUAAUAAUAAUAAUCUUUCAAAUAGAAUUCUCUUUUGUUCUUUCAAUGAAAUUGUCUUUUGCCAUAAUGAAAUAAAUGUGUUUCUCGAAGGAUUCGACUUAUUUUUAUCAGUGUGUAUAGAUAUACACACACACAUAUAUAUAUAUUUGUUCGAAGUGUCAGAAAAGUAUUAUUUGAUUUAUAUUUCUGAUAUAAUUUUUUUUCUUUUCUUUUUUUUUUUUUUUUAAGAAAAUGCGUAUUGCAUAAGCAUGUGCAUGAGUAUAAGAUUGAUACAUUAAAAAUUGGUAUACUUGAAAUAGGUACACCAUCUAUAAACUAUUCAAAAUGCUUAUAUAUAUAUAUAUAUAUAUAUAUAACAAUUAAAAAAAAAAGAGAAUUUAUUUUUAUGUUUCAAUAUUUGCAAAUAUUUAUUUUCUUUUUCUGAUAAAUAAUAAUUGAGUAAUUUUUAUUUUGAAAACCUAGUAGAGGGUAUUUCUCAUAUUCCAUCCAAUAGCAAUGCGACGUUAUUUUCUUAUCAAAAACUGUCUAUUGAUUAUGACGAUAAGAUGGUGCCUUGUCAAGUAUCGUUAAACUUAUUUAGAAGAAAAAAGAAGUAAUGUACUCUAAUAUACUUUUUUAUUUGUAUUACUUACCAAGAGUUAGGUAAAGUAAUACAUAUAUACAUAUAUAUAUGUAUACGUACAUAUGUGUGGAUUCGUUUUCGAAGAUCAUUUCUAGAAAAAUCGAAGAAUAAACGAAAAUCAAAAUGGCGUUCUUUUUUUUUACGAUAUAAAAAUGAUAUUAUUUAUAAAAUUAAAUCAAUCAAUAAUUCAUCGAGACAAAUUUAUAAGGAUACAUAUGAAACAUAAUAGUUAUAAUAAUAUUAAUAAUAAUUAAUAAAUAAUUACAAGAAAAAUAUAGAAAAUCUAAACGCCAACGUCAGAGAUCACCCGGUACGCUUUAGUAUUACGACACGCACAUUGUAAAGUAUAUAAACUAUAUAUUAUUAAUUAAUGUUAUUAUUUAUAAUUUAUUGUGUAUGCUUGCAUUGUAUUGAAAGAGUGAGAGAGUGAGAAAGAGUUUUAAAAGAAUUUUCAAGCCCAAUCGUUCCUGCGGCUUGCUUUGUAUGUGUCACCCAUUGUAACAGAGUAUGCGAAUACGAAACAUGUACAUACAUACUAUAUAUAAAAAGAAAUUUAUAUGUAUGCGUGUGUGUGUUCGUGAAGGAAACUGUGCUGCAUCAUCUCGUUUGUUGUC